AUGGCUCUACGUUGGAUGGCCGCCGGCAUGCGACAAUGGCCGGCCCUCCUCCUCCUGGGUGCAUGGCAAUCUGCCGUUGCUGUAGCCGAGAAAUCCGCAAGCGAUUACUAUGUUCACAACCUUCCUGGCCUCCCGAGCCAUCCCCAACCGGUGAACAUGCACGCAGGGCACAUCGAAGUUACGCCCGAGCACAACGGGAACCUCUUCUUCUGGCACUUCGAGAAUCGACAUAUUGCCGAUAGACAGCGAACGGUCAUCUGGUUUAAUGGAGGUCCCGGCUGCAGUUCCGAGGAUGGCGCUUUGAUGGAGAUCGGCCCCUAUCGAUUGAAAGACGACAACACUCUCGUAUACUCCAACGGCAGCUGGAAUGAAUAUGCCAACCUCCUUUUCAUCGAUAACCCGGUCGGUGUGGGCUACAGCUACGUCGACACAGACAGUUAUAUUCACGAACUGGGGACCAUGGCAGACAAUAUCGUCGUAUUCCUCGAGAAAUUCUUCAAAAUCUUCCCCCAUUACGAGACAAAUGAUAUCUAUCUCGCUGGAGAAUCCUACGCAGGCCAAUACAUCCCCUAUAUCGCCAGGGCCAUCCUCGACCGCAACAAGAAGAAUCCUAACAAGCGAUGGGAUCUGCAGGGCUUCAUGAUUGGAAACGCUUACAUCUCUCCCACAUACCAGUACCAUGCCUACCUGGAUUUUGCGCUGGACAAGGGUUUGGUGAAGAGGGACUCGCCAAUUCAUGAGAAGCUGAAGGGCCAGGUCCAGAAGUGUGACGAUGCCAUGAAGAAAGACCCUGGCAAGGUGGAGUACCAUGACUGUGAACAGAUCUUGGCCAGGAUGCUCGGGUGGCUGAAGAAUGGAAAUGGAGACGACGCUUGCGUGAACAUGUACGACAUCCGCCUGAAAGAUAGCUACCCUAGCUGCGGUAUGAACUGGCCCCCGGAUCUGAAACACAUCAAGCCCUACCUCCGAAAGAGAGCAGUUUUGGAUGCCCUUCACGUGAACGACAACGGCAAAGAAGGCUGGUCAGAGUGCAACAGGAAUGUGGGCAAGGCAUUCAAUACGAAAAAUUCGAAGCCUUCCUUCCAUCUCUUCCCCGGUCUGCUUGAGGAGAUUAGGGUCCUCUUGUUUUCAGGGGCGGAGGAUCUCAUUUGCAGUUACUAUGGGACGGAGAGACUGAUGAAUGCGCUGGAAUGGGGUGGCCUCAAAGGGUUCCAGGUGGAUCAUGAAAAGACAGCCCCUCGCCAGAACUGGCGGUUCGGGGGCGAGGACGCCGGUUUCUGGCAAGAAGCCCGCAAUCUGACAUAUGUCCAUUUCAAGGGAGCCUCUCACAUGGUCCCAUUCGAUCACCCCCAACGCUCUCGGGAUAUGCUCGACCGUUUCAUGGGAGUAGCCGUGAGCCGCGAUCAGAUCGACAGCCAUAUUGAUGGCAAGGAAACCCCAAGCAUCCCCGCCACUAAUCCUUACAACCCUAGCGAGGAGGAGCACCAGAAGCAGGUGGAUGACGCCAAGUGGCAGGCGUACCGUAGAUCGGGCGAGGUCGUUCUCGUCAUUGUCGCGGUUGCUGCCGCUGGCUGGGGCUUCUUUGUCUGGCGCGAGCGCCGCAAGGUAGCUUCGUAUCAGGCUGUCAGCGGAAACGACCCCAACGACUCGGAUCUGAACAGGUUCCGCAGGAGGCGGGAGCAUGGCGAUCUGGAAGCAUCGGCCUUUGACGAGAGCGAGCUGGAUGAUCUUCAUCUGGAGACACCUACAGCUGACAGGUACGCUCUUGGCGACGAGAGCGAUGAUGAGGGGAAGGGCAACGAAAAGCCAGCUCCUGGGGGAGCGCCAGGCCCUAGCGCCAGGCCUGCACAGUCGUAA